AUGAUGGCCAUGAACGCCAAGCAGCCUUUCGGCAUGCACCCCGUCCUGCAAGAACCCAAAUUCUCCAGUCUGCACUCCGGCUCUGAGGCCAUGCGCCGAGUUUGUCUCCCAGCCCCGCAGCUGCAGGGUAAUAUAUUUGGAAGCUUUGAUGAGAGCCUGCUGGCGCGCGCGGAAGCUCUGGCGGCGGUGGAUAUCGUCUCCCACGGCAAGAACCAUCCGUUCAAGCCCGACGCCACCUACCAUACCAUGAGCAGCGUGCCCUGCACGUCCACCUCGCCCACGGUGCCCAUCUCCCACCCGGCCGCGCUCACCUCGCACCCUCACCACGCGGUGCACCAGGGCCUCGAGGGCGACCUGCUGGAGCACAUCUCGCCCACGUUGAGCGUCAGCGGCCUGGGAGCCCCGGAGCACUCGGUGAUGCCCGGGCAGAUCCACCCGCACCAUCUGGGCGCCAUGGGCCACUUGCACCAGGCCAUGGGCAUGAGUCACCCGCACGCCGUAGCGCCCCACAGUGCCAUGCCCGCGUGUCUCAGCGACGUGGAGUCAGACCCUCGAGAGCUGGAAGCCUUCGCCGAGCGCUUCAAGCAGAGGCGCAUCAAGUUGGGGGUGACCCAGGCGGACGUGGGCGCAGCUCUGGCCAAUCUCAAGAUCCCCGGCGUGGGCUCUCUCAGCCAGAGCACCAUCUGCAGGUUCGAGUCUCUCACCCUGUCUCACAACAACAUGAUCGCGCUCAAGCCGGUCCUCCAGGCCUGGCUGGAGGAGGCGGAGGCCGCCUACCGUGAGAAGAACAGCAAGCCGGAGCUCUUCAACGGCAGCGAGCGCAAGCGCAAGCGCACGUCCAUCGCCGCCCCGGAGAAGCGCUCGCUCGAGGCCUACUUCGCCAUCCAGCCUCGUCCUUCGUCCGAGAAGAUCGCGGCCAUCGCUGAGAAACUGGACCUUAAAAAGAAUGUGGUGAGGGUCUGGUUCUGCAACCAGAGACAGAAACAGAAACGAAUGAAGUACUCGGCUGUUCACUGA